UUAAAAUUGAAAAUAACAUAAGAAAGCCACUGAAAAUAUGAAUUUAAAUUGUGUAAACCGUUUUGCUAGGAAUGGAUGUGACAGUUUCGAUAGAUUUCUGGAUUAGAAUACACAAAAAUUAAAGAAAAAAACAUUGUUAAAGCAGAGAACAUUUUAAAAUUCGCCGGAAAUUGUACUAGAACAAAUGAUUCAUAUUGCCUGGCUUUUCCGGGAAAAACCUAACAGUUUUUCGGCUGAUGUUCAUAAAAAAUAAUUUCGUCUAAAUAAAUUUGUGUAACGUGCAAAAUGAGGUAUUUUGAUAAUCACAUGAAAUUUGUUUAUUAGCAUCCAAGAUAACAGCUCUUGGAAGUGAUUUAACUCUGAAAGACAGCAUCUUAAAAAAAAUUCACUUGUUUAAGCUUCUAACGGACGUGGAAAAUUUACCUUUUCUGCAGUUUUACCUUUAAGCGUGUUUUUUCGUUUUGAUCUGCUUGGAAAGACAUCUAAAACCAUAAUUCAGUUAAUAAAUAAUUGAAUAAUUAUCAGUAAAGAAGCAUAGCAAAAAUGUUGUUUCCAAGCUUUAAUGUUCUCUUCUUCGUCCUGGAGAUCGUCAGUGUGAAUUGCGAAGGAAGGACCAGCAGCGGCGGCAAAGAAAAUGCUCACAAACCAGAGUCUCGGGCUAGUCGAUCUACCUACGACGGCUCUUCUCCCGUGGUUACCCACGGCAGUGUCAAGAACUUGGCGUCUGAGGGGGACGAAGGCGAGACGUUUGACGUGUGGGCCUUAGCCAUGAGAUUGGAUGACCCGGCAGCUCUUAGCGCUACGGAAGAUUCAUCAAGUCUGGCCGCGCGGGUGCUGAAUAACACUGAGAUUGUGGCGCAAGUCGGAGGCACAGCCACACUGAGUUGCUUCACUGGACACAUGUCUGAUGAAACGGUAACGUGGCUGAAGAGAGAAGACGACCAAUUACUCACCGUAGGUCAGCUAGUCUACGUGUCAGAGGAGCGACUGAGGGUCUCACAAUGCCACCGAACUAAGGCGUGGGAGUUGUUCAUCAAAGACGUACACAAGAGCGACGCAGGACAGUACGAGUGUCAGCUCACCACGCAUCCUCCGGUCUCCUAUUUCUUCACACUCAGAGUCACCCAGGCCGUCGCAGAAGUUAUCGGCUCAAAGGAAGUGCACAUCGAGGAAGGGUCGCAACUGGCUCUUGAAUGUCAGGUUUUACGAGCACCCGUGCCACCAAUUUACAUAUUUUGGUACCACAACGGAACCAUGGUCAAUUACAACCAGAACUUGAUCGUCCGCACUGAGAACUUCACCUCAAGUUUGGUUGUGUCCAAAGUCACCGGAAGGGACGCUGGCAUCUAUACAUGCGAGCCUCAGCUCGCGUCGCCUGCUAAUGUAACCGUGCAUGUGGUGACUGGGGAGCGACCGGCCGCAAUGCAGCACGGUCACAGCAGCAAGGCUGUCAUCAACUCGCCUGCUCACAAUAUUCUCGGCCUCCUCGUGUGCUUGGCCCUUGGCCUCCUCUUACGUAGGGAUAACUUAAGUGAACAGCACACGCAGUUUGUUCUGCAGACGCCACGCAGCUCGCUGGGCAGCCCUUCUCUCACCAGCAGAAGAUUGGGAAUGUCAAUAUCGAUACAGCGGCAUGGGGGGCUGGGUCUAAAUGCCUCAGUGGGUGAAACCUGCAAUGGUCACAUGGUCUCAUUCAGGUGAAUAGAAAAUGCAAUACGUUAAUUAUGAAUGAAUAGCCAGUACUGCAGAUAUGGAUGUUGUUGAAUCAUACGGCACAAUUUUAUUUACAUUGCAUAGCAGCUAAAGUGCUGGGAUUUGCCUGAUGUGUAAUUGUGUAUAGUAAUGACUUUUUUAUAUAUGUGUAUAUAUUAGAUAAUAUGAUGUUGGCUAACAUCACGAAAGAAAGUAAAUAUUCGCGCAUAAUAAAAAACCCAGUGUAAAUUAUUUUAUUAUUCGCGGCAGAAAUUACUGUGUAAUCUCUUGUUUCGUUAUUUAAAUUGGCUUAUGUCAAUUUAACGUCUUUUAACAUAAUUUAUUUUCAUUUAUAAUACUUUUAAACCCCUUCCUGAGUUUUUAGCUGGUACAUGUAUAUCUAGAAUUAAUUAGUGGAAGAAAAAUGGCUAUGUCUAUAUAUAGUGAAAAAAUAAUGUGUGAGCGUACUGGGAGCUGACCUCUAUGGAGAUCAUCAAUCAUCACCGCGGAAUUAUUUGGGAUCUAAAACUCUACGGUUUUAAGUACGUUGAUUUCACUAUCUUUUUUUAUGCCGAUUCCUGAUUUUUAAUUUAUAAUUAAACACAGAAAAUAACAAUCAACUACAACUUCGCGUACAGCUGCUGACCGAAAAUUAAUUAAUACCGUUUUGUUUAAAUGUGGAAAAAUCAUCAUAAUAUUCACAGAUGAAUCGACAAGCGCAUCAACUGAAUGCUCCCACUGAAUUCAGUGGGAGCAUAAAUUACAAAUUCAGUGGCAGCAAAAAAUUUAUAAUAUAAAAUAAAAUUAAGUAUGAUAGUCUGCUAAUCUCAAUGAAAACUCAGCAAAUAAAAAAUUUUCAUGGACAGAUUUUGAGCCUAACUGACUGUUGUUGCUAAGGUGUUCAUCAUUUCAGCUUACAGUAUGUGUCAGUAACAAUACUUAUCGUCUAAAAGUCAUGAAUAUUUGACUCGCUUAAUUCAAUUUAAAUUUAGCAUGAGUACUUGAAUUCGAAUUAUUCAGCCCACGAAUACGCUUACAUUCGAGCCUCAUCUAUAACUCAAAAUAUAGUCAAUAGAAAUAUUGAAUAGACUCUUGUUCACGGUUUGUUUUGUCUUGCUGUUCAUGCAAACUGCUCUAAAUUAAAAAAAAAUGAAAGUUUCAAAUCGAACGUUAGUGAUACAGUAUACAUGACUGCAGCAUGACUUUUAAAUUUUUUGAUUCGUUUGAUGAAAGAAUUCUUUUUGAUUUUAAGUUUUGCUUGGAAGGAUUUAUCUGAUCUACUUAUAUCAUUGACGAAUGAAGGAAUGUUGAAAACAAAUUGACCUCCACAUGCAGUGUGGAAACAUUGAAAUCAAUGUCUCUGCAAAAAUGAUUAAAAUUUAUUAUUUAUAAAUCAUAAUAAUUAUUUACUAUAC